AUGAACACCGCUAGCUCGAGCAAAAUCACAUCCGCUCGAGCAAUGGACCAGAGGUGGUAUUUUUACCAAGAGCAAUAUCCCGUCACCCGUCUUUGGCUAGCGAACCGACAGUUUACCAUGAAACCAAACACAUUGGUCAGUCUGGCUGGAGUUGCAACACUUUUGUAUUCAAAAAUCACUCCAUCGCAACAAGAUCUGCCAGUCAUGUAUCUUUGCAGCAGACGAGCUCUAUUCAGAACAUCAGCUUUGGGACGAUCAAUUCUGCCAGAGAAGUCCCUGGAGAUACCUAGAGCAAGUUUACCGGGCUGGGGCCUGUCAUUAUUUGUGAACAUUGGUCUUCCAGAAGGCCCCAUAAAGCAGCUGAUAAAAGCAUGUAGAUUGGCUCUAGGGGCCACGUUCGAAUACAGGUUAAAUGAGAAUAUGAACCACGUCUUCCUUCGGAAAUGUGCACUCGAUACGAGCUUUCGCAUCAAAAACUACCAGCUUAGUGGAAAGGAAAAGGAAUUAUGUUCCACUAAAGACUGGCGUUGA